AUGACUAGUAUCAUAGAACAUUAUGAGUUGUAUAGUUCAAAUGACGAGAUUGUAAUAGUUCCAUCAAUUAUUGACAAUAAAAAGUCGUUGAAAAUUGAUAGAAAGAAUCAAAAAAUAAGUUUUGAAGAAUGUAAAAUUCCUGAAGGAAGUCAAAAAAUUGAAAUAGAAGGAAUUAUUGGAGUUCAUGAACUAGAAAAAAGUAAUUAUCUUAUUGUUAUUACUAAAAAAAAAUUAAUCACUAAAUUCCUUCAACACAAAUUGUUUCAGAUUGAAGAUUAUGCUAUUUUUCCAAUUACUGAACACGAAGAAGAAUCUUUUAGAAAAUAUCAUAAAAGUGUAAUAUCGUCAACCCUUUCUAUUCCAUCAUUUUAUUUUUCUUAUACUUAUGAUUUGACCCGUUCAUAUCAAACUCAAUCUUCUUCUGAAGGUACAGUAUUUGAUAGAUGUAAUCAACAAUUUAUAUGGAAUCAUAAAAUGGUUAGUGACCUCCCAGAAAUGAUGAGACUACCAAUCAUUCAAGGUUUUAUUGGAAGAAGUGAGUGUGCUGUAGAACCUGAAGUAAAAAGUAAUAUAGUAAUUAAAAAAGUUGAAUUAAUUCUUAUUAGUAGAAGAUCUAAUCAACGUGUAGGAAGAAGGUAUUAUGUCCGUGGUGCAGAACAAAAUGGUGAGGUUGCUAAUUAUGUAGAAACUGAACAAAUAAUUUGUGUUGGUGAGAAAUAUUGUAGUUAUGUUCAAAUAAGAGGAAGUAUUCCAUUAUUAUGGUCUCAAAUUCCUAAUAUCAAAUAUAAACCAAAAAUUGCAAUUAAUCAAAAUGAAGAAGAGAACUAUGAAGCUUUUAAGAACCAUUUUGAGAAUAUUAAAAAACAAUAUAAAAAAAUUACUGCUGUAUCAUUAACUGAUUUAAAAGGAGGAGAAAAGAGUUUAGGUGAUAAGUAUGAAGAAUACGUUAAUAAAAUGAAUGACCAAGAUAUAAAAUUAAAAAGAGUUGACUUUCAUAAACUAAUGAAAAAUAUGAAAGAAUUAAUGAGUUAUAUGGAAGCCAUUUAUAAAGAAAAUGAUUUUGGCUGGUAUCAAUGGAAUAUUAAUUCUAAAGAACAUGAACAAAAAGGAGUAUUUAGAGUAAAUUGUGUUGAUAAUUUAGAUAGAACUAAUGUUUGUGAAAGUGUCUUUGGAAGAUUAACUGCUGAACAAUUCUUAAAAGAAAAAGAGAAUAGUAUUUUAAUGGAUCAAGACAAGAUUACUGAUAACGCUUGUUUAAAUACUAUGUUUGUAAAUUUAUGGGCUGAUAAUGGUGACCAAAUGAGUAAACAAUAUACAGGAACAUGUGCAUUAAAGAACGACAUUACUCGAACUGGUAAAAGAACAAAAAUGGGAUUAAUUAAUGACGGAACAAAUAGUAUUUUAAGAUACUUUAUUAACAAUUUUUAUGAUGGAGAAACAACUGAUCAUAUGAACGUGUUCUUAGGUAAUUGUGAAGGAACUAAUACCAAAUAUCAUUUUAAAGGAAUGAAUAAAAUUGUUGUUUAUGGAUUAAUUGGAUCCUUAUUUAUAGCUGUCUUCUGUGGAGUUACUUCAUUACUCACAGGAAAUACUGGACUUUUUAUGACCAGCAUUCUUGGAUUUAUUGGAUUCUUUAUUUGUAGUGUUAUUGCAUUAAUACAAGGAAAGAAAGCAACUAUCCCUCCAACCUUAAUGCCAAUUAGAGAUUAUCAAGUCGAGAACAAAGCAUCAGAACAAACAAAGAAAGAGAAAGAAGAUUAA